GCAUUCCUCGUUUAUACACGAUGUUUUUCAACUGGUGGCUGAGACAAUUUGAACUAUUCAGUGAAAUAGGCUAAGUAUAUGCAAAAAUAGCAUGGAAAUAGUCAAUGCCACCCAGUCGUAUCUGACAAAUCUUGAGGUGAUGCAGUUGCUCCAGAAGAUCAAGAGUACCAAAAAGAAAUUUGGCAUGCGCAACUUAGCCACAGUAACUUACGAGGCCCUACAAUACUUAGAGGAAUCGCCGUGUAAGACCCAGACAUGCGAAGCCAUUACUAGUUACGUUAAAGAUCUGAGCUCCUAUCGCUUAAAGUCAUAUGAAAUCCUGCAAAUGGUGAAUGAUCCACCAACCAGUGCACUUCACACACAACUACUCAUAGAUGAUAACAAGGCGCCUCUGACCGAUGAGCAGAAUGGCAAAAUUAUUGAAUUAACUUACAAACACUUCCAUGGCCUUGAUCCCGGACCACCAUCAGUGGCUGUCGCCGAGACAACACAAUCUAAUAGUACCUCCUAAAUCCAUAUGUAUUUUGUUUAACAUUUAAUAUU